GUGCGUCAGCUUAAAAAAAAUUAAAUUAUAUUCAAAAUGACUUCACAGACUAAAGAAACUGUAGAAACCAAAAACAGCGCACCUAUUAAUAUGCGAGCUGAAGAGCGGCGUCAGUUUUUGCAGGUAAUGGUCCAGGCGCUGCCCACUCCGAUUCAGAACAAAAUUGUGGUUCCUAAGAACAUACAAUUGGAAAAGAUGAAAAUGGAGAAGAAGUUCUUUGAUGAGUAAUACGAUCUGGAGUACCGGUACCAAAAGAAGUACGAAGAACUAAAUAACAAGCGAAGGUCCAUCAUCGAGGGUGUUAUUGAACCAUUGGACGAGAGCUCUGAAAUCGAUUUUGGUCGUGUCAAAGAGGUGCUGCUGCCCGAUGCAAAGGGGGUUCCCAGUUUUUGGCUAACGGUGUUACGCAACACAAUGAUCACGGACAUGAUAAAGAAACACGAUGAGCCAGCAUUGCGCCGCCUAAUUGAUGUGACAGUUCGGUAUGAUGUAGGGCACGCAUUCAAAUUGGAGUUCCAUUUCGAACUCAAUCAGUUCUUUGACAAUUCGGUCUUAACGAAGAAGUACUUUCUAAGGUCCUCCAUUGAUCAAAACGAUCCGUUCGCCUAUGAAGGACACGAGGUGAAAUCGUGCCAGGGAUGCGACAUCGACUGGAAGGACAAGAUGAAUCUUACAGUCAAGACAAAUAAUAAUACUCCCGUGGAGUCUUUCUUCAACUUCUUUAAUUCACCCCAAACGUCAAUUAAUAACGAAGACGACGAUGAAUAUGAAGAAGCUAAGGCCCUACAAGCCGACUACAAAAUUGGGCACUUUUUACGCAUCAGGGUUAUUCCCAAAGCCGUUCUCUACUUUACUGGUGAUAUUGUGGAUAAAUAUGGCGAUGAAGACAAAGAUUAAAAGAGCAAUGAGGAGAAAGCCUCUCCAGCUCCUUCUGGCACUACGAAAUCAGUGUGAUUUAAAUUUAUAUACUCCUCAAUUUAAAUUCAUGUUAAAGUAAAUAUUUCAUAAAAAC